AUGCCGUCCCCCGCCAUCGACCCGCGGACCAUCCGCUCCUCGGCCUCCACGCCGUCGCUCCGCUCUCGUGAUGGCACUGUGCCGCUGCACGCCAGGAUGGACAACGGUGGAAACGUCCGCGUCGUCGUGCGUGUCCAAAUAGAGCGUGGGGCCGAGUGUCUGAUUGACAUGAACCCCAUCAACCAGGCCACAACGCUGCUCGUGCCUAAUGACCAUGACCCGGCAAACCAACGGACAAAGACCCGAAAGAUCACAGAGGAGAAGACCUUCACCUUUGACAGUUCGUUCUGGAGUCAUGACACCAAGGACACUCACUAUGCCACGCAGGAAGACGUCUACAACAGCCUCGGCGAGGAGUUCCUCGACCACAACUUUGAAGGCUAUCACACAUGCAUUUUCGCCUACGGCCAGACCGGCUCGGGGAAGAGCUACACGAUGAUGGGCACCCCGGACCACCCCGGGCUCAUCCCCCGGACCUGUCAAGAUCUUUUUGAGCGAAUCGAGGCCGCACAGAACGAAACCCCAAACAUCAGCUACAACGUGCGGGUUUCCUACUUUGAGGUGUACAAUGAGCACGUUCGCGACCUUCUCGUUCCUGUCAUUCCGAACCAAGCUCCCUACUACCUCAAGAUUCGAGAAUCACCAACAGAGGGCCCCUACGUUAAGGAUCUGACAGAGGUGCCGGUCCGCAGCAUUGAUGAGAUCCUGCGCUACAUGAAGACAGGCGACAACUCCCGAACGACAGCGUCUACAAAGAUGAAUGACACAUCUAGCCGCAGUCACGCCGUCUUCACCAUCAUGCUGAAACAGAUACACCACGAUGUGGAGACAGACGAGACCACAGAGCGCAGCAGUCGCAUCCGGCUUGUCGACCUGGCUGGGAGUGAGCGCGCCAAAGCAACCGAAGCGACUGGACAGCGCCUCCGAGAAGGAAGCAAUAUCAACAAGUCUCUGACAACCCUCGGCCGCGUCAUCGCCGCGCUUGCCGAUCCAAAAUCACAGCGCUCCGGCAAGGGUGGUCGUGGGAAGGACGCUGUUGUCCCUUACCGGGACUCAAUCCUCACUUGGCUCCUCAAGGAUUCCUUGGGCGGGAACUCCAAGACAGCCAUGAUAGCUUGUAUCGCGCCCUCCGACUACGAGGAGACACUAUCAACCCUGCGGUACGCAGACCAGGCCAAGCGGAUACGCACGCGUGCCGUGGUCAACCAAGACCAUAUCUCCAGCGCGGAGAGAGAUGCGCAGAUUGCCGCCAUGGCGGAGGAGAUCCGUAACCUUCAGCUGUCUGUCUCGGAGAGCCGGUCGAGGGAGAAGAAUGCCAAGGAGCAAGAGGAACGAUUGGAGGAAUAUCAAGACCGUGUUGGCAGCAUGCAGCGUAUGAUGGAGGAAAGAGGGCAGGUGUACGAGACCAAGAUCCGGUCCUUGCAGACUGAGAACGAGGCGCUCAGGCUGCACUUGAAACUUGCUCUGGACAGCCUGAAGAAUCCGAUCCCGCCCGUCACACUCAACAGCCGCCCGGGGACAUCGGAUGGGAAGCAGGAAGAGGAGCAUGGCGACGGCGGGGAUGAGGAUGAGACUGAACCGGAAGGUGACGAAACAUUCUAUGAGGACAGUGACGAAGACGAGGCAUACAACUCCGAUGACCACGAAGAACGGCACAAUGAGAUGCAGGAGCACAUGCAAGCAUUGCUCAAAGACCUAGGCCUGUUCAGGCGGAAGAUUGGAGACGACAAGGGACGGUGGGUUGAGGCAGAAGACACCUCAAGGAUGCCGCUGGGGGAACGGGGUAAUGUCUGA